AAAACGAGGCUAUGACCCUUGGUAACCUUUGUUCUCCAGAACGAGGCUGCAUAUUUUAGGUCGGAGUUGUUUUCGCUACAGGGGGGACCAAAUAGUAACAAAUGGUGCCGACAAAUCGACUCCUGCCACCAUGCACCAGCGCCGGGGAGCGAGGAUUUUCGAUCUUCGGCGGAAGGUGAUCUGUUGAAAGGAGGGUGCUGUGUUGGGAAAUACUGCUGGAUCAAGAAAGUUCAGCAAGGAUUCUUGGCGAAACCUGUGUCUAAUUCCUCAAGCCCCCAGGGGGGAUUAAGUCGAGCCAGGUUGGUCCCACUUCAGGAUGGCGACCCUCACUCAACUUCAGGAUAAGCUGCGGAGCGCGCAGGGCUCCAUCCUGUUCAUGCAGCAGGACCAUGCAAAAACUCUGAAGGGUCUUCAUGAGGAGAUGCACAAACUCCAGAAGAAAUGUGCGGAGCUGACGUUCCAACUCGCCAUGGAGACCACCUCCACUCCUGAUGAGGACUACUUUCGUAAGAAAAGUGUGGGGCUGGAGAAGGAACUCAAACAAAAGGAUGACGAGUGGAAGGAUGUUCAGGAACAGGCUGAGAAGAAAGACAAGAGAAUCGAGAUGCUGGAACAACAGCUGAGGGCACAAGAGAAGAAAUUCAAAGAUGAACUGAAACUCAAGAGCACCAAGAUGGCACAGUUGUCUAAUGAACUAGAUUCUAAGUCAGCUACGAUAGCUUAUCUCACAACCCAGUUGCACCAAGUGAAAGUUGGAAAGAACUUGAGAAAAAGCCGUGAGGGUGUGGAGGCUCUGCCCGAGGGCAUGAGCCCGACACCGCCAAGUAGCAGAGAAAAGUCCGGUUCAUCUCGUAAAACGUACAGAAGGGGUGUUACAAACAUGCCUGUCACAGGACCCAUUCGUGCCAUCCACCCAAGCCCCCCUGAUUCCAGAGACAGCAGUGCAAAUGUACGCACAGCAUCCGGUCGUCGACUACCGACUCCGCCAAUGAGACCAAGAACUCCCAGUGGCAGCAAAGUUCUCGACCCCGCACCGUUCCUCGAAAGUAAGAAUGUCGCCCGGGACAGAGAGGUCAGCAUCAAACCAGCACCGGCUGUUCUGCCACCCAUCCUGCCUCCCACCGGGGAUGAAAGCGAAGAGUCUGAGUCAGAUGCCAGCAAUAGGAGAACUUUUUUACGGAGGCAGCUCAGGCUGGCCAAGCAGGCAGACAGGUCGGAAGUGGAAACUCUCGCAGUGGACCAAGUGGGAGGCACUGGUGACAAUACUCUGACUGCUGUUCAGAACACAGAAUCUGACUAGACUUCUUACAGACCUGUACAUGUACAUGAAGAGUUUUUAUGCCAGGAAAUGAAAAAGAGUGUGGUUGAAACCAAGAUGAUCAUCAAAUGAUGUGAAGGUGAUUUGAUGUUUUGCUGUACAAGACAUAGUUUUUGUCUUCAGAGAUAUAGAGUGAUUUUUUUUUACAUAGGUCGUACAUGUAACGUUAGAUUGAAUCAUGAUGUUGAGGUUUUCACUGUCAGCUGCUGCGUUUGUCAGUUUGGGCAAGAGACAUUCGAAACAUACAUAUCCAAGUUAUUUUACAUAUCCCAUUGUAUUUUACUUAAUUUCAAUGCCCACUGAGAACUUGUAACAUUCCAAAGUCUCCAAGUGGUUAAAGAACAAAGACCAAAUGAAAGCGUCACCAUUACCUAUGAAAACCUUAUCUGUAAUUUCAACCAGCACUAUCAUGCAUGAUCUGUUGUUGUACAUAAUGCACCCGAAGUUUAUAUAUUUUGCAUGGAGUUGGGCAUUUAUUUUUAAUGUAGAAAGUGGGUAUCAUAACACCAUAUGGACCAAUUGGCUUUAUUGUAAGACUGUUGACAUAGCGACCUACAGGCUUCUGCCAACAUGUUUGCCACCACAAAUGCUGAUAUCCUGGCAACACAGCAGAUAAUCAUGAUUCCAUGGUAACUGUUUCUCACAGGCACAGCUUGAUGUAGUCCUGCUGUUAUGGCUAAAAUUGGCAUUCCAUUUUUGUCUUCUAAUUGCAUAAGCUCAUCUAUUAUGUAUUUAACAGUAACAUACACUCAAGUCAAGGUCUAGCCGUGGCCUCCUCCUAGAUCUGUUUUAGACUGGUGUUAGCAGCUGUACCUUGCAUAUUUUAAGAUCAAGUGUUGCAGUUUACUUGCUGAUGAUUGUAAUGUACUGCUGUGGGACCAAUCCUGCUUUUUCAAUGCAGGUGUUUUUAAACUAAGGCUGUCUGCUGCAUAUUAACUAUUUAGGGACAGUACCUGUAUCACAUGGCUUUUUUGCCAUUAAAGUUUUGUAACUAGUAUUAAUGUUGUACAUGUAAAAAAAUGUAAAAUUUCUAUAGUUUUUGUUAAAGUAUGAUACAUUUUACAAGUACAACAGUAUCUGAUUGUGGACAGGCUCUUUUGAAUAAUGCCUGACUAUUUCUAAACCAUUGUUGUGCCAUAAACAUGAAACAGCUUCUCACGUCAUUAGGUAAACACAUUGUGUGUUGGUUCUUUUGUUCAGUCCUGUUGGAUACUGUAACUUAGAUCUGGAACUGGAUAUGUUACUAUAGGUGUAACUAAGACAAAAGUUGGCUCUGAAGGGGGUCAACUACUCGCGAUUCCCAAAGGAGGGUGAGACAUAUCAAAUAAGCCUGUAACAGGUACUGCUUUGUGUUAGAUGGAGCCACUUGUGUUGCAGAUCUUGUAAUUUUUUUACAGUAGUAGUAUGAUACUGUAUCUGUUGUGAGUACCAACUAGACCAUAUCGUUUCAAUGUUUUUGCUCAAAAACAACAAACUCUUUAACCUAAUACACAGCUUCUGAGAAGCUUUGCCAAUUUUGACACUUGGACCAAAACUCAGUAUUAUGGUAUACCAUUUGAGGAUGUCAUCUGUGUGAACUUGAAGCCAUUUUUGUGUGCUCAAUGCUGUGUGUGAGUCAGGAAGAGCGUAUGGCAUUAAAAAAUGCUAGCAAACAA